AUGUCUGUGGCCGGUUCAGACUACGGCGGAUCCAGCUAUGGAAGAUCCGAACCGCGCCCAGAGAAGCCGCUCAUUGUGAAGUGCACCCACGAGGAGCGCGGCAGCAAGAAGAUCACGUACCCGACCGCGAGACUAUGCACAUACGACAAUCUCCGCAAGCAGGUGGAGAGGUGUUUUGGCCUCAACGCCACUCCUUUCUUCAUUGCCUACGUCGACGACGACUCCGAGACGAUAUCCAUUACGAACGAGACCGACCUCACCGAAGCAAUCAACUACUUCAAACCCACGCCUUCAGAGGACCCCCCUCUGUCCUCGGCUGCCUCCAUUCUCUCUGGUCGGAGCUUCCGUUCCUCCAAGAUCACUCUUCGCGUCAACAUAGUUGUCGACUACGAUGGUAUAAGCCUCUCGGACACCGGCUCUCUCGUCAGCUUGGAAGAGUACAAGAACCGCAAUGGGAGUGGGUUGUCCCUGUCACUUGCGUCUUCAGCAAAGAAGGAGCUCGAUGACGAUAUGAUCACGGUGAGCUCCAAAGACUUUGGCUCCAAGUACGACGUCUUCCGCAACAAUGGGGCGAAAGGCUCGAAGACCAUCCUCGCAGGCCGCAGUCGCGAACCACUUAUCGACCCUGCAGAAGCCUGGGAAACGGCCACUAUCUCCAGCCAUCCCCGCACCACAAGCUCUAAGCAUCCUCCAGAGAGGCAGUCGAUGAUGUCCGACGACUCGCUCGCACGGCAGUCCGAUGACCCAAUCUCCGUGUUCGCGCGGCUCAAGAUGGAGGAGGAACGAUCGGGUCUCACACCAGGGAACUUGGCCGGGGCCUCGACUUUUCAGACCGAGCGCGGGGCGAACUGGUUACGCGACCAGAGCGCACAUAUAUCCGUACUCAGCGGGGAUAUGCAGUCUGUCAGCGAUUUCUCGUUGGAGGACAACAUGUCUCUGGAACUCGAGCAGAACCAGCACGGAAACUACCGGUAUACUCUCACAGGAAGCAGUGGUUCAGCGGCGUCCCAAAGCAUGCGUGACUUCGGGUUCGACGAGGGAGCCUCCAGCGCUGGGUUCAACGGCGCGGAGAGCGUAGCAGACUCGCUGGAGAAGAUGGUCGACAGUCGUCCGGUUUCCAUGCAGGCCACCCAGUUCACAUAUCUCAACCGUUCAUCCACUCAAUCCUCUCGUCAGUCGCGCCAAUCCCAGCAGAAUCCCUUCGGAGAGGAUCCCGGCUUUAUUCACCCAUCCAUUCCCCCAGAAGUCCUCUCCUUCGUGCGUCCCACACCCCCACUGGCGCCACCCGAAGACCCGACCAAAUGUUCCAACUGCAAUGUAACCUUGGAUAUCAUCAAGUACGUCUGUUCGACCUGCGGAGAGAUCAAAUCCCCGAUGGACACAUAUUGGAACGGAGACGACGAGAAGGGCAAGGAGCGGGCUAUGGAGGUCGGCGGGACCGGCAAUGGCCAGCACCCACAUCCGUCGUGGCGUGUGUCAGCAGCCGCAUCCGUGUCGUCGGUCACUCUCUACGGCAGCCAACAUUCGGGUUACUCAGGCAAGUCCUCUGGUUCCCACUCUUCUGGCUCGUCCGACCACCAUCCCGAUAUCUCCGAACAUGCCCUCCUCCGUCCUCCCCUUACCAAGCCGCGCAAGCCCCUUCCCCUUCCACCCUCCCCGUCGCAUUCUGCACCGCCGAGUCGGCCUACGACGCUCAACAGCAUCAACACCCUGGCCGAGUUCGGAGUGCAGCACUCGCUCGAAUUCAGUGCUGCUCCAGGUGCUUCUCCCGGCCCAGGUACUUCACCCGAGGACGCUGAACGCGCUCUUUCCCGAUGGAGACGGACCGCCCCCAGUCAGAAGGGCCUCCUACGGCACGCGUACAUCGAGAAGACUUGGACGCAUGAUGGCUGGGAAGAUAUUGAACACGGAGGGCAAGGCAAUUGUCAUUGUUCGACCUGCAACACCGUUAUCAAGAGUCAUCGAUACAAAUGCGCGUCUUGUGAUAACUUCAACCUCUGCCGCGCAUGCUACAGGCAAGUGUACGAGGUGCAUCCCGCGCACGCUUUCCUCGCCGUACCGAACAAGCAGUCGAGUUCGAACUCGUCAAGCACAGUCGUCGCCGAAUUUUCACAUCGACAAUCGACAUCCCUGGAAGAGCCUUCGAUGACUCACAUCGGCGUACACUGUGCUCAUUGUAUGCAAGAAAUUGUCGGCGCGCGGUUCCACUGCGCGAUAUGCGAGAAUGUCGACAUCUGCUCUAAUUGCGAUGCUGCUGGACUUCCCGGCAAUAUUGACUCCGCAGACGGUGGCCACGUGUCAUCGCACAUCAUGAUCAAGAUCCCACACCCGAUGUCUACGGCAGAACUGCAGAACACAAGUCAGAUGGCGAUCAGGCUAUGGACGGGUCGUGAUCGCGAUGCAGCAUGCGCCCAAGAUGGCGACAACUCGACGGCUUACGGACGUCCCCGGCGGAACUCGUUCGAACCCGAGGGGUCCUCUUACUCGAACACGGUACUGGGCACUGGGCAGCGCCCGGAUGGGAAGGAUAUGCCCGAGCCGGACCACGGCGUAACGUGCGAUGGGUGCUCGCAACCCAUCGUGGGCGUGCGCUACCAGUGCGCGAAUUGUCCGUCUUACCCAAAGCCAGUUAGCUUGUGCGAGCGGUGCGAAGCGCGCUCGUAUGCGCUACACGACACCUGGCACGUUUUCUUCAAGCUGCCACGCGUCGUGGACCGGGCGCUGGUCCUGCAGCCCCCUCUGCCGCGAUUGUACAAGAAGCCGGCUGGUCCUCCAAACGGUGCCAUCAAUGUGAACGACCCCAAAGACUACCUCCGCUCGCUCACACACGCUUUCGCCGUAUGCGACCGGUGUAUGUCGCACAUCCGCGGCGAGUGGUUCCACUGCGCGUACUGCCCGAAGGAUCUAUGCGACUCGUGCGCCGAGGCGGACGUGAACAUGCAGAUAUUCCGACGAUUCAUGAACGAAGAAGACCCUUCACGUAGCCCACCGCUCAUCCCAUUCCCUGUGUACAAGCCGUAG